AUGGAUACUUUAUCUAAAUAAUCAACAAAUAAUUCAAAUAAUAUCAUAUAGGCAUCUUCUUUUUAUGAUUAAUAACCAUUUUUAUUAAAAUGUUAAUUACAUCCCACAUACCCUAUCUCAUUUAUCUGUACUGAUACCACACAAGAGUGCAUUUUUAAAUGCAAUUUCUGCAUAGUUGAAAAUUUAAUUUAACCAAAUAAACUUAUUCUACUUAACUAGGCUAUUGAAAGUGAUUAGAAAACAGUAUUUCUUAACUGGCCUAUUUAUGAUGAUCAAACUAUCAGCCAAAAAAUUUAAGAAUUUUCUUUGAAGCAACCAAAUAAUCUGGAGUUUAAAGAGAAGAUUAGAUCUUACUUCAAAGAAUUAUUAGCAAAAGUAUUAUUAAAAAUAGAAUAAAUGUAGAAUUAGAUGCUUCAAAAAGCUGAUAGUAUUUUAGAUUUAAAUACUAGCAUAUUAGAGCUUUAUAAUAAUUUAAGCUAAAAAUAAUCGAUCAGACAAGAAAUAAUGAAUAAUUAGACUAGUCCUGAGUAGAAAAAUAAUAAACUUAAAGAAAUAAUUUAAAAUGUUAACUCUAAUCUAGAUACAAAUAAAUAAUUAAUACUAACUAAAUUGAAUUAAAUAGAAGAUUAUUAAAAUUAAAUAAAUUUCGAAUAACCUUCUUUAAUUAAAGAUCACAUAUUAUCUAUAUUAGAGAGAAUUGAUUUUAUUCCUUUUAGAAAUCUAGACUAAAUUCUUUAAUAAUAAAAUCAGAUCUUGAAUGAUCUAGAAAAAUAAAGUGAUAAUGUUAAUAAAAUAAUAAGCCUGGUUAGCAAUAAAAUGAAUAAUUGUUCAGAAACAUUUAUUAAAAAUGUUAAGUAAUAACUAAAUAAAUACUCUUACAUCCUGAAUAAAGUUGAUUUAGGAAAUAUUUAUGAAAGUGAAGAAUCUAUUCCUCCUAACUUUAAUAAUCUAAAUGAAAACUUUAAGUGGAAUAAACUAGUACCUAAACUGUUUCACUUAUGA